GCCUUAAAGUCUGACUUUCAACUCUCAAAUGUAUUUAUUUCUGUAUAUUCCGACAAAUCACACAAAAUCUUUCGACACUCCCACAAACACAAAGCAUCUAUAGCGUACUCCAAACUGCGAGUUCCCCAUUCCGUAUUCCUCAUUCCAAAUUCGACGGAACCCUUCAAGUGCCAUGACACAGUUGCGCAUGCGCAGAAUGCAGAUGCGAGCCGAGGAGCUGGUGCGAGACUUCUACGAAUCGAUGCUGUUGCUGUCGCUGGAUCUGCUGCUGCAGUGGAACCAGUGGCAUGUGAUACGAAUGCUAAAUGCCAAGAAGCUGCCCGAUGAGCUGCCCGAGCCGCAGGCCCUCAACUGGUCGACCAUAUUCUUUGCCAACGGCCUGCUGCUAACCUUGGCCCAGUACCGACCGCAGCGGCUAAAGCGGUACGCGCCAGUGGUGCGGAAGCUCCUGCUGCUGCUUGAGCUGUUUGUAAUGCUCUUUGUGGUGGAUUAUGUGCUGCUUUCCAUAUGGCAGCCAUUUUUUAACAUAUUCGAUCAGGCGCUGCAUGCGCUGGGCCAUUCCAAGUGGGCGUGGGCAAAAUUCAUUUUCCAUUACUGUCCCGGACUUUCCACUUGGCUGAUUAACGAUGCUUUCUACUUUAUGCGCUUUGUGGCCUCGUUAUCGUGGUUCCUGCUUGCCGUGGAGGGUGCAGCUGCCAAAUGGCGUCUGGCAAUUGAUUUUCUGCUGCUGGGUCAGCUGCCCGAGGCAAAUGCAGUGCCGCGCAGCCGGCGGAAACGUCAUCAGUCUAAGUCCCCAUCCGUUCAAAAUUAACGUGUUUUCCGAACUUUGCAGAGUUCCUUCCGUAAUGUUCAUUCACUCCCGUUCAGCAUCAUAUUAUCUUAUUGUGAGCCGCACAACAAGCGGCCAGUAAAUUGAUGCCGGCUAUCAACAUA